AUGUCUGCUCCUAACGAAACAAACAAGAACACCUCGUCCAGUGGACCCGAGUCUCCCACUACAGUCAAACCCCUGGAUCUCAGCGACGACGAAGACGUCCAGGAGACAGGAAUCCUCGGCGGUGAAGACAACCAUCAAACCAACACCAACGCAACCACCACCAACACCACCAACAUGGCGUCCUCGACACCCGCCACCGAGGCCGCCCCUCCGAAGCCCCCGAGACCUUCUACCGAGAACCAGAAGACCGAGGAUAUUCUGAAGGAAGCAUUCCCGAGCAUCGACAUCGCGGUUAUCAAGGCUGUUCUGAGAGCCAGCGGUGGACAAAUCGACCCUGCCUUCAAUGCCCUGCUUGAAAUGACGGAUCCCGAUGCAGCUCGUAACGAGCCCGAACAGGAGAACCCUCCCCCUCAACCCCCUCGUCCCGCCGCCGGCCCCCAGCUGUCUCAGCUCGAGGCGGACGAGCUUUACGCACGUCAGCUUGCUGAGCACUUUGAUAAUGUUGGCAACUAUGAGGCUAGGACUGCGAACCGCAGCCCCGGCGGUCGCGUCAGACGCCAGCAGACUGGUCUUGAGCCCCGAGUGAAUGCCGAGGACCGUGAGCACAACUUCUUCGACGACGAACUCCCAGUCAUCCAGGAGAAGCUCCGCAAGGGCUUCAUGGAGACCCAAGGCAAGGUGAACAGCUGGAUCACGACCAUGAAGAAGAGGUUCGAUGAGGAAUUUGCCGAGGAAGAUGAGCAUACUCAGCGGCCUGGUCAGGGCCAGGGACAGUACGGUGGCAGACGUCCUGGGGAGUCGAGCCGUAGGAGCGGUGACUAUGAGAGAUAUGACGCCGAUCCCCAGGUGCUCAGCGACGAUUUCGCAGGCAUGAAGUUUACUGCGGAUGGUACUCCACUCCGCGGUGAUAACAGGCCGUUGUCCAAUCCUGAUCUAUUCAAGCCCCCUCCGCCCUCCAAGUCGCCCAAGCCUGACGGGCGCAAGGUCGCUUUCCGCGAGGGUACUGAGGAGAUUGACGUCUACGGAUCGUCGCCCAGAGUUUCUGCCGAGGACAGCACGGGGAAGACGAAAUCUAGCAAGUGGCAGCCUCUCUCGACGGUCGAGCCUAGCCCGAUCAACGACAAUGACCCGUUCAGUUUGGGCGACAGUGAGGACGAGAGAGAGGCCAAGGAGAAGGCUGCGACAAAGGACGUGAAAUCAGACGACAGUGAAAGGUUGAAGAAGGCCGCUGCGGAGGCAAUGGCGGACAGCCUCGUCGAUGCCAAGGAUGGCGAGUCGGCGGGUGCGGCGGCCAAGAAGAACUGA